GAGGGGUUAGUAUCAGCUGCGUCCUGAUGUCAUCGAACAAAAAUGGCUACCAAAGUGUGAGCUGUCUGUUAUAUCUUCGAUAUUGACGCUCGUUUUCGCCAUGACCACUCUAAAAAACCCAAAGUCUACCGCCGAUGACCUUGAAGCGGAAGCAGAGAAGGCUUUUCAACGCGCUGCUAAUCAGCAAAAUCGAAACGAGGACGACUUCGACUCGGAAUUUGAAGGCGCUUUUCAAAAUCCUUCACCAAAUGAAAUUGCCACGAAGACAGACAGUGCUAUUGGCAGGGUUUCAACUCGUCAUCCAGACGUGUCGAAUGGACCUACUCAGCUUCCAGUAAAAACAGAAGGGUUGCCGAGUAGUUUGCCCUCAAGCCAAGGGUCUAGUGCAUCAGAAAUUAACAGAUAUUCCCCAAACCAAGAGGCUCCUAAUGAUUCUGGGCAGGAAGCUGCCUCAAUCAGUCCUACUACAGGACAUGUGCGACCCGGUAAGCGUAGGAGAAGGUCUGACAAAGAUAACAUACCAGCAGGAAUUCGGAAGUUACCUUCUCCUCCCACAACACUUGAACAGGCUCAGAUGGAGUGGGAUCUGGUGGAAACGGUUCAGCCAGGAAAUGGUCAAGCUGGUAGUCGUUCACCACUCAUUACAUUCCAGGAUGCUAUGCAUCACUGUCGAACAGCUAGUUACCUUGAGCAACACAUGUCACUCAUUAAACCCACAAUAAAACACCGCGGCAUGGCUGCCGUCACACAUAAACUGUUUGGACCACCACAAAUGAACAACAGCCUCCACCCAGAGAGAAACCUGAUAUUCGGACUUGCAUUGUGCAUGUUCAAAAACGACGAGCCCAUGCAUAUUCAUGUGCUGCAAACCAUUUACAAGAAGUUAAGUGGAACAAAGCUGGACUGCCCUCGCUAUGGCAACCACUGGGAGCUGAUUGGUUUUCAAGGCCUCGAUCCAGCAACAGAUCUAAGAGGUUGUGGAUUUCUUGGCUUGAUGACCACCCUGUACUUGGUGACCGACAGUCGGACACAUGGUCUCGCUCUUGACAUUUACAAACUUUCUCAGCAUGAAACGCAGAACUUUCCAUUUGCCAUCAUGUCUAUCAACAUCACAAGGAUUGCUCUGCAAACUCUCAGAGAGGAAAAACUUAACAAGGAAUGUAAUCGCCGUCAUCAAGUUUUAUCUGUCUUCGUCGAGUUCUAUGCCGCCAUUUACCUUCAAGUCUAUCAAGUUUGGAAACAUCAACAUAAGACUAUCACCGAUUCAGGAUUCGUGCUCAGGGAAGCGGAGAAACUCGCCAAAAAGCGGCCGCGUGAUCUGAUCCGAAACCUGGAACGAGUACUGGCAGAUCGCCAGAACUUGAUAAAAGUCGACGAGGACAAUUUUUCUCCGAAGGCAAAACAGCCAGACAUUUUGGACAGAUUCGCUGGAGUAUGUGACUUGAAGGUAGAUGAAGAAGAGGAAGUUCAUUUAGUCUAGAGUUUUAGAAACGAAAAGAAAAUGAUAACUGUUCUUGACAAAGGUUUCCAUCUUGUUUUGGGUGCUCGAUGGUUUAUGUACAUGAAUUCAAAUUCAAACCCCACAAGGCUGUAAAGUUAUAUGACAUUUCGUGUCCAUAAACGUUACCAUGCAGUUGAGCUGGUAGCAAGAUAUAUAGGUAUCGUGAAUAAAGUGAUCUCUCAGAAAGGUGUCCAUUUGGGUUUCCAAAGUUUUCAUUGUUACGCGACCUUCGGCGAGAAACCUCAUGUCGACUAUAACGUAACCCUGUUCAGCCCGUCCGCUACCCGCUCUACAUUUGUACCCCUCACUCAACACCCCCGAUAAUAGUAAACUUCACUUCUUGUCUUGCUCCAUUCCCAGUAGCAUUUGUUUAAAUUUGAUGUGGUCACAGAAUAUUUCUCAUUUCAUAAAGCGUCGCACAAUAUUAUCUAUUUUCACUUCUCGAAAUAUAUAGGCAGAAACCUAGACCGCAGGAUGAAAGGACAAAGCUUAAGAAAAGCUUUUUUGAAGUUUAAGUAAUACAGUACAAACCUGCAUGUAAGAACCUUCUGGCAGAAAUUUGCCAUUUUAAUACCCAAAAAUAUAAGAAUCUGUUUAGCCAAGGUUCUGAUAUGUGGGUUACAGUGAAAUAUGAACUCUUACUGCAUUUAUACGCAUUCUGUAAUAAGUUGUGUUAGGCUUAUCAUAACACAGUCGUGAAUAAGUACUGUACGUUUAUGAGUGAGUGAGUGAGAACUUUAUUAAAGUGUCAAAACCUUA